GCACAUCUGCACUUCACAGCGAGGCGUGGUCAGUCAGAGCUGACAGGUAGAACCGCAGGAUACCUAUUCUUCUUUCUCUACGGCAGAUCAGCACUAGCUCCAACAAAAUGCCAAAGUGCCCAAAGUGCCAGAAGGAAGUUUACUUCGCUGAGAGGGUGACGUCACUGGGUAAGGACUGGCACAGGCCCUGUCUGAAGUGUGAGAAGUGCAACAAGACACUCUCAGCAGGCUCACAUGCAGAGCAUGAUGGCAAGCCAUACUGUAACAACCCCUGCUACAGUGCAUUGUUUGGACCUAAAGGAUUUGGGCGCGGUGGAGCCGAGAGCCACUCAUAUAAAUAGACAGGUUCAGGCCUCGCAGUAAAAAAAAUGUUGCUUGGAAACUAGAUCGAAGAAGCCAGCAUGCUCACGAGUCCCAAUGAAAACCAGCAAACAAACUGUGCUCUGAUUUAGAGAAAUCAUUUUGAGUGCAUGGAUUUUUAUUUUUUCAUGUUUGUUUUUUUUUUUUGUUCCGUUUUCUGAAGAUGAUUGUGUAUUCCCAUGAUGUAGUCAUGAAGUGGUUGUCCUCUGGUCCUCUUUAUCAUUCUGAUUAAACACUUUUUAAAAUUUG